AUGAUCCAUACAAUACUCAUGGCCGCUCUGGCCAUUUCAUCAGUCAACGGACACAUGGCACUGUCGUAUCCAGCGCCUUUUCGAGCAUCCAACAAUCCCCACGCAAAGAAUGUCGACUACAGCAUGACAACUCCCCUCAGCGGAGCUGCCCAAUUUCCGUGCAAGGGUUACAGUUCGGAUAUGGCCGAUACAACAGGAGCAGGCGCCCCGGUGGCAACUUGGACCGCUGGUCAAAAAUAUAAUUUUACGGUUACCGGCGGAGCGCCACACGGCGGAGGUUCAUGCCAAAUAGCUUUAAGCUACGACUCCAAAACUUUCUCCACGAUUCAUUCGUACAUUGGUUCUUGCCCGCUAUCGUCGGGGCAAAACUUCGACUUCACGCUCCCCUCCGAUGCCAAGACAGGCCCAGCAAUGUUUGCCUGGGUUUGGUACAAUAAGGUUGGAAACCGAGAGAUAUAUAUGAACUGCGCAUCAGUCAAUAUCGCAGCCGGAACGGGAGCCAAACCUGCAGUCGCCUUCUCUUCCCGCCCUUCACUGUUCCUUGCCAAUCUGGGCAACGGAUGCACCACGGUCGAAGGAAAAGAUGCCGUCUUCCCAGACCCAGGACCAGACGCUGAUGUAACGACCAAACUGACUACAACUGACGACAAGGGAUCCUUCACGGGAACAUGUGCCCCAGUAGGCGGAGUUGGUGGUCAAGCGGCAGCAGCGGCAGGAUCACCUGUUUCUGGAUCAGGUCCCAAACCAGGGGCUUCAUUGGGCUCAACUGCUACAGCAGCUGCUCCUAUUACAUCCGGGACCGGUACAGCGAACAGCAGCCUCCAGGUUUCUACCAGUGGGGUGUGUGGAGAAAAUAAGCAAACCUGUGUAGGGUCAAAAUUCGGGAAAUGUUGCUCCAAAUUCGGAUACUGCGGUGAUACUCCUCUUCACUGCGGAACUGGCUGCGUGUCUGGUUUCGGGCAAUGUGGAGACUUCCUCAACUCCACUGAGGUAAUGACCUCGAGCGCCUCUCCAGCUCGAAGAUUGAUACGUGUGCGGAGACCCCUCUGGUGA